AUGACACGAGGUAAACUUAUACUGAUAGAAGGUCUAGAUAGAACUGGGAAGUCUACGCAAUCGGAAAAGAUAGUCAAAGAGCUAGGCGAUGAGGUUGUCUUGUUCAAGUUCCCAGAGAGAUCCACGCCGAUUGGCGGGUUGAUAAACCAGUAUCUAACAGAUAGAAGUUUUGAUCUGCCACCGCAAUCUAUUCAUCUUCUUUUUUCGGCUAAUAGAUGGGAGGUCAAUGCGAAGAUCCGCUCGCUAUUGGAAUCGGGCAAGCACGUUGUGUUAGACAGAUACGUGUACUCAGGAGUCGCAUAUUCAGCAGCCAAGCAAAUACCUGGCAUGGACAUCUCGUGGUGUCUAAAUCCCGAUAAAGGAUUGGUGAAACCAGACUUGACCUUGUUUCUGUCUAAUCAGGACUCGUCUUCUCUGCAAGAUCGUGAUGGAUACGGAGAAGAACGAUACGAAAAGGCUGCCUUUCAGAAAAAGGUCCGUGAGACAUUUUUCCAGGUGUUUGAUGCUAUCCCGGACGAUAAUGUUGUGAUUGUAGAUGUUACAGGCAAAUCGAUAGAACAAGUAUUUGAUACGAUAAUGCCGCUAGUCCGCAAAGUCCUGGGAAACAAUUCAGAAGAUUACUUAUACUUUUGA